AUGUCCGUGCCUCAAGCCAAAGAAGCCAACUUGACGGGUGUUGUCACUUUGCAACUGAGAAAUGAAGCAGGACCACCACAAGAGUACUAUUCCUGCUAUAGUGGCCCUGUCCCUGAAGAAGGUGGAAGGACUGCAUUGCGUAUUGCAUGCGAGAGAGAGGAUAGCAGUGAGCAUGACAGAGAUGUUAUCUGCCUCCUGCUAGAGCACCAGGCAAAUCCAAACACAUUUUGGAGCGGCCAUUCACAGCUUUCCCUAGCAACUACCAGUGGGAAUGACUUGGCAGUGGUUGAACUCCUCAGACAUGGGGCUGACCCAAAUCUGCCCUUAAGUGGAGCAGUCAGAAAUGCCCUCUGCGCAGCGGUUGAUAAGCUGCUUGAAGCUGGUGCAGAUAUCCUUGCACCAGUUACUCUUAGGGAAGGACAGAGAAAAGCCAUGGGAACAGCUGUUGACUAUGCCUAUUGCAGCUAUUACCAGGACAGGAGAAUUGCGCACACACCGUACCACGUACUGUCGGCAUCUGAGCAGAAAGUUUUUCAAAUGUGCCGAUUGCUGCUGGAACACAUUACAGCGAAGCUCCGUGAGCGUGUCAUUCUGAAAGAGAAAGAAUUACCAUUCUUUAAGUACUGCUACCAGUGCGGGCGGUCGGCUGGUGUUCAGCUGUCACUCUGCAUGUGCUGCCACGACGUCUUCACGUGCAGUGAGGCUUGCAGAAGGAGAUCCUGGCACGAGCGGCAUCGGCAGGAGUGCUUGCGGCUGCUGGCUCCGGUGCCGUGA